UGUUGAAGCUAAAGGUAAAAUCCUCUGUCUCAGGAAUCAUCAUCAACAUUAACUGAGUUUUAAUCCGAUCCAGAUAAACUAUCGAGGAAAUUCCAUCAACUUGAUACUAAGUAUUAAAUUUAUAAAAACAAUAAUUUCCCACAUAGUCGAUAAAAUUUAUUUUUUAACGGCAAAAUGGCAGUAAGAGUACAAUUUGAAAAUAGUAAUGAAGUUGGUGUAUUUUCAAAGCUCACCAAUUCCUAUUGCCUGGUAGCAAUCGGUGGUUCUGAAAAUUUCUACAGUGUCUUUGAGGCUGAGUUGGGUGAAACCAUCCCUGUAAUUCAUGCAUCAGUUGCUGGUUGUCGUAUUAUUGGACGUUUAACUGUCGGUAACAAAAAUGGACUGUUGGUACCAAGUUCCACAAGUGACAUAGAGCUCCAACACAUCAGGAAUUCCUUGCCGGAUUCAGUUAAAGUCCAAAGAGUUGAAGAAAGACUUUCUGCACUAGGAAACGUCGUUGCUUGCAAUGAUUACGUCGCAUUGGUUCAUCCAGACCUUGACCGGGAGACAGAGGAAAUUUUAGCAGACACAUUGAACGUAGAAGUAUUCCGACAGACAGUUGCCAGCAAUGUUUUGGUUGGGUCAUACUCUAUUUUGUCAAAUCAAGGUGGAAUAGUACAUCCUAAAACGUCAAUACAGGACCAAGAUGAAUUGUCGUCACUUCUCCAAGUGCCUUUAGUGGCUGGAACCGUUAACAGAGGAAGUGAAGUUAUAGCAGCAGGAAUGGUCGUAAAUGAUUGGGCAAGUUUUUGUGGAAUGGAUACUACAGGAACAGAAAUAUCUGUAAUUGAAAGCAUUUUCAAACUCAACGACGCAACGCCAUCAGCAAUAACUUCCACUAUGAGAGCAUCUCUUAUUGAGAGCAUGUCCUAAAUUACCGCACCGAGAAAAAUUACACUUGAUAUGUAAUAAUGAUGUAUUAAUAAUCAUAUGUUAUAUGUACAUAAAAAAAAAAAAAAAGGAAA